UUUCGAAUUUCCGUUAGAGCCGGAAGCUGGGGGGCGGACACUCGCUUGUAGAGCUCCUCGUGUUUGCUGCGGGCCGCCGGAGCGGGCUCCUUUCUCCAAGUCGGGGCACGUCUUAGCCGGCACCAUGACGGUGGGCAAGAGCAGCAAGAUGCUGCAGCACAUCGACUACAGGAUGAGGUGCAUCUUGCAGGAUGGUCGAAUCUUCAUCGGCACCUUCAAGGCCUUUGACAAGCACAUGAACCUGAUCCUGUGUGACUGUGAUGAGUUCAGGAAGAUCAAGCCAAAGAAUGCAAAACAACCUGAACGUGAGGAAAAGAGGGUUCUAGGACUGGUACUGCUUCGUGGGGAGAACUUGGUCUCUAUGACUGUGGAAGGGCCACCCCCUAAAGAUACAGGUAUUGCCCGUGUGCCGUUAGCUGGAGCUGCGGGAGGCCCUGGGAUUGGCAGGGCUGCAGGUAGAGGUGUGCCAGCCGGUGUUCCAAUGCCCCAGGCUCCUGCAGGCUUAGCAGGACCUGUCCGGGGAGUCGGUGGGCCUUCCCAACAGGUGAUGACCCCACAGGCAAGAGGGACUGUGGCCGCUGCUGCUGUUGCUGCCACAGCCAGUAUAGCAGGAGCCCCAACACAGUACCCCCCUGGUCGAGGAACUCCUCCCCCACCUGUGAGCCGGGGGACACCUCCUCCAGGCAUGAUGGCCCCUCCUCCUGGAAUGAGACCUCCCAUGGGUCCCCCAAUGGGGAUGCCCCCUGGGCGAGGGGCACCCAUGGGGAUGCCCCCUCCUGGCAUGAGACCCCCUCCUCCUGGCAUGAGAGGUCCCCCUCCCCCAGGGAUGCGCCCACCAAGACCUUAGGACUCCUCGGCUGCUGUGAUGCUGCCUCUGACUUGAGGCUGUAUAUAGUUUUGGGGGCUUUUUGUAUAAAGUGUGCUGCUUUUCAGUUGAUUCAUAAUAAACUCUUGGGGAAAAAACCUGCGAUGUUCCUGUUAGGUAUUUUCUAUGCCUGUUGGAAGCAUUAGGAGAGGGUGCAGCAUUUAAACCCCCUAAUACUAUCCUGGUGGUUACAUGGCCUGUCCAAGAGGAGGUGGUUCUUUCAUCUAAGUUAUCUUUACUCCUUUUUUAUUCCCCUAGAUGACUUCUGGAGAGGAAAGGUCAAAGGUGGUCAUUUCUUCUCUCUGUGCCUAUGCCUGUUAUCAUGGGUUCAGUUUCCUGCAUUUUUCUGUUAUUGUUUUCAAGUUCAAGGACUUUUUCUAACAAUAACAAUAGCAAGCAUUUAUAUGGCACUUGAAGGUUUUGCAAAAUGCUUUACUAAUGUAUUAUUUCAUUUGGUCCUCAUAGCAACCCUGGGAGGUA